AUGGUGCAACUUGUGAAAGAGAAAUUUGAUGGAUUCCAAAUAACCUACAAGAGAGCAUGGCUAGCGAAACAAAAGGCAAUAAAACUCAUUUAUGGGGGUUGGGAGGGUUCAUAUGAACAGUUGCCUAAGUACAUGCAAGCUCUCAAGGAAUCAAAUCCUGGAACUGUUGUUGAGUGGAGGUUGUUAGAGUGUACGGUUCCUGGAACACAUGUUUUUCAACGAGUCUUUUGGGCAUUCAAGCCAUGUAUUGAUGGAUUCCGUCACUGCAGACCCCUUAUCACCAUUGAUGGCACUCAUUUAUAUGGCAAAUACAAAGGCACUCUACUCAUUGCUAUGGGAACGGAUGCCAAUUUUCAACUAUUCCCCCUUGCUUUUGCGGUUGUCGAAGGAGAGAACAAUGAUAGUUGGUCUUGGUUCAUGGCUUGUAUUCGUGCUCGAGUUACAGAUAGGAAAGGGCUAUGUGUGAUAUCUGACAGACAUGCUGGUAUUUUAGCAGCAAUGGAAGAAGUUGGAAGUGGUUGGGAGGAGCCCAAUGCCUACCACAAGUACUGUACACGACACUUGGCUUCUAAUGUGAACUCAAAAUUUAAAAGUGUCGUCAUAAAGAACCUCUUUGGCAAAGCAGCUACUGCAAGGCAGAAGAAGAAGUUUGAUUACUACAUCAACAAAAUUGGUGACUUGAAUGUAGAGGCCCGUAGGUACUUGAUGGAAAUUCCGUACAGUAAGUGGUCCAUUCAUCAUGAUGGUGGUUUCAGGGGGCUCGAUGUCUCCCGAUGGCAUGACCUAGUUGAGGAGUUGCUGGGAGUUCGACCUGGCCAUGAUGAUAACGGUAAGCCGUUUCUGGAGGGAUCUACUUUGAAGUUGACGUGGCUCAGACGUCACUUCUCACAGAUGCCAGAGGGAGCUGAUGACUUGACAGUUCAGCGCCAUAGCCGUGCUUACAUUCUCACUCUCAUGGGAUCUAUUCUGUUCGCCGACAAGAGUGGCGAUGCUGUGUCACUCUACUACUUGCCGUUCCUUCGAGACUGGGGGACAGCUUCGACCUACAGCUGGGGGAGUGCGACUCUUGGUUUUUUGUAUCGGCAGCUAUGUCGAGGAUGUCAGCGAGAUUCAAGACAGAUUGGAGGCCCGCUCAUCCUACUACAGUUGUGGUCGUGGGAGCAUAUUACUAUUGGCCGACCAUACAUUAGGAGGCCUCGAGAUCCGCCACAGGAGGACCCUGAGGCUGAGGAUGAGGAUGACAUUUUGGGGACUCAGCAUCAGCGAGGUGUUGACCCUUUGGCGUGCAGGUGGUUACGUGUCCAUCUAUCGUGUGCGCAUACUGCUUCUGGACUACCAUACUACAGAGAUGCGUUUGACCAUCAGCACGAGGACCAGAUGAUUUGGCAGCCAUAUACUGAGGCGGUGAUGGAUCGACUUCCGGAGAUUUGUCGCUCAGACAUGCACAUUUGGCGUUCACGGGCACCUCUGAUAUGCUUUGACGUCGUUGAGUUCCACCUCCCAGACCGAGUCCUUCGUCAGUUCGGGUUAGACCAGCCGAUCCCACAGGAUGUAGACACGGACGUUGCUCUACACAGGAAGGAUCGAAGGGGACAGCGUAAUUGGGAGAUUCGGCAUUCGGAUCAUGUACACGAGUGGAGUCGACGAGAGGCAUUAGUCGUCCAGGGAUACCCGUUCACUGGGACUUCUUCCCCGGCCAUGACAGAGUACAUGGCUUGGUACCGUCGCAUCACGAGACUGGUCAUUACUCCACCUUCGCAGGAGCGCCCCCCGAGUCAUUACCAGCCAGCUACCUCGGACCUCCUGCUUGCACAUGCAUUUGCUGAUUUGCACGUCCAGCUAUCGGGAGCUACUGAGACCAUCUCCCACUUGCCACCAGAGACGGCUAUACCAUUUGCCAUACAGACGAUGCAGGGUUUUACAUCAUUUUGUGGCCAAACCUUGUCUAGGGUGGGGCAGUCACACCUUAUUCAGCAGCCUCGACCGUCCACGUCUUCAUCUUCUACUGUGCACACUAUGCCGAUCAGACCACCACCUCAUCGUGGAGGCCAUUCAGCACGUGCCUUCCGUCCACCGACUCCUUCUCAGCAUACUAUCAUGACAUCUCCUCCACUAGUGCAUCGCCAGUAUCAGAGAAACCGACGGCGUAGCAACACUACGUCUGGGGUUGGAGUUGGCCUGGAUGACAUUCCAGAGGAGACAGCUGCAUCAUCUUCAUCGUCACCUCAUGGGAAGAAGCAACGCCCGAGCUAAGUGUAUAUUUUGGAACUAAACUAAUUUUUUUGUAAAUGCUUAGAAUUGGAUUUUGUUAUAUUUAAUCAAUUGAAAAAUAUUCGACUUUGCAA